UUGGCUGUGAAAAUUGAAAAGUAAUUAUGGAAAACCUGACCCAGACUUUACUGAGCAAUUACUACGGGCUCGGCGGGGAGAGGAGGCAGGGGAAGGCAGUGGCUAGUCACGAGGGUUUUCGCAGAGAAUUGGUGGAGCAGGGGGUUGUCAAUGGCGAUGUCAAUGGGAAUUUUCACCGAGAGAAUACCUCCGCGGGUGACCAGACCUCGGAGCGCCAAAUCGAAGAUUCAAAUGAGACUAACGGAGCUGCCGACAAUCCCGUUCAUCCUUGGCGAGAAUUCCCUGACAUCGAUCUUAACAAUAAAAUAGUUGACGAAGAAGUGGAAUUCGAAGGAGGAAACUCCCAGAAAGAAAUGCCGGAAGAGGCCAGACCUGGUUUUCCCAAAAUAAUAGUUCCAGAAAAAGAUGUGAAGGAUGAUGUGACUGAACUUGGAGUGGCUGAGGAUGCGGUGCUGGACAGUGCAUCGGACAUUUCUACGAUCUCAGCGAAAAAGAAAUCGAGGAAGAAAUCAAAGCUGAGUGUCACGACACCCAGCCACCCACAACCGCUCAUCCUCAUGCCACCGGUUCCUAAGAGAAAUCCGAUAAUCAAUAAGGAGUUUUGUGACAUGACAAACGCGUCAAUCAUCGAAUUUCCUGUCAAUUUACUCCAGGAACUAUCAACUAUUCGGAUGCUGUACCUGGAGAACAACUGCCUCAAUGAACUGCCGGACCAAUUAUUCACAACCCUCAGCUUCCUCCAGUGGCUGGACGUCCGGAACAACUGGUUAAAGACACUUCCGGCAACUAUCAAACAUCACCAAUGUCUCGAAACAAUUCUACUCCAGGGGAAUAGAGUGGAAAAAUUACCUCUGGAACUUUGUCUCAUACCGAACUUGAAAAGCCUCCACACAGCUGGCAACCCUCUAACUUCCCCUCCUCCUGAGAUAAUAGCCCAGGGAUUCGCUGCCACCAUGAAUUUCUUGAGGAAAGAAUGGAAUAUGGAGUAUCCGGGCGACGCAGUGGCCCCUCCCCAAGAAGUGAAGUCAGCGUCGACGAUCCUCUGCGACGAGCCUCCCGUGCUCAACUCCUCCAGGUCUUCGAGACUCCUCAAUCGUACCUCGUCUUCAGCCCUCACGAAAUCCCUGAAGACCCUAUCUACCCGGGAAAAAUCGCGGAAUUACAGGCCCAGCAACAGGUGCAGAAGUAGUGGAGGUAAUUCUAUCCUGGAGGAAAAAAUUCGCUGGAUUUCGAAAGUCAGGGAGAUGCUCAUCAAACAGGCUGCUGAGAUCCAGAGAAUAAAGGAUCGAGAGAUUUUGAGGGAGUGGAGAGCUGAUCGCAGAAGUUUCGAUAAAAGCAUGAAAAAAGCUGCUAGUCGAACACAAGAAGAAAUUCCCUAUGAUAUUGAUUAUUCCGAUACCCCCUUCCUCACGAUAAAAAAAUUGCAAAAACCCCGAAACACGUCGACUCGGAGGAGUAUCAAACUCUCUGGAGAUAUGGAUAAAAAAAUGUUCGAGAUCAUUGAAUCUCUACGGAAUUACGAAUGGAAGAACAAUUCUCACUCCCUCGAUACUGAUCUGCAAUUAAAACUGCUUCAUGCGGAGAUUAGAAGGAUUGAAAAUCUCCAGGAAGAGAUCAAGGCACUGAAAAGGCAGAAUGAUAUUUCCAGCAAACAAUAUAAUGGUCCUGUUAUCUCCAGUCACUCCAAACGUUACGAUCCACCCCCGUCAAUAAUAAUUUAAUGACUAAAAUUAUUAUACACAGUAAUAAAUCGAUAGAAUUUUGAAU